CUCCCCUCUCAGACUGUUAAGAAGGAGGCUUUCCGUUCGCACCGGCCUCUCCAGCACCCCCUUUAGGCCUGGGCAUCCCUGCGGGCGUCCAGACCACACGCCAGCCGCGGGCCCGCGCCGGUUACCUGGCCGCGCGCUCCCGCCUCGUCUAGUGAUUCCCGCGGAUCACACACCUCGUCCCGGGCUCGCGCCAGUGCUGUGAGCGCACAAUUAAUUUAAACUAUGGCCCCACCCCCUCGCACCGCCCUCUGAUUGGCCCCUAUCGGCUGCUGUCGUACGCAGGGCACGCUUGAGGACCCGGGAAAAGGAAGUGUGAGGGCCACUGGGAAGGGAGAAGGGGUGUCACUGUUUCCGGACCCUGGCCUGAACAUGAAGGCAAAGGGAACUUCAAAUCCCAGCACUACCCGCGGCCUUGUAGCCGCGACCCGAAGAACUACAGGUCCCGGUAGGCAUCGCGGCAGCACUUACGGCGCUGGCCUGGACGUGGUGACGACGAUAGUUGCCAUGGAGUUGCGCCGAGUAACCCUGAGAUAGUGGGACGCCGAGGCAGGAGGGGAAGCAACUGCUGGGAGGAUUUCCAUUUUAACAGGGAACAAUCCCUAAACCCAAAGGAAUGAAUCCCUAAUGGUGGAGUUUCAGGCAUCAGUGACAGGCUGACCCGAGACUCCCAGGGCACAUGCUUAUACCUGAUGAAUGAUGGCCUGAACUAUGAGCAGACGGCACUAUACGAACACUUCCGUGCAGGAGCCCCCUCUUGACUACUCCUUCAGAAGCAUCCAUGUCAUCCAAGAUCUGGUAAGCGAGGAGCCGAGGCCAGGGCUACGACCACUGAGGCAUUCAAAGACGGGGAAGUCACUGACCCAGUCCCUGUGGCUGAAUAACAAUGUCCUCAAUGACCUCAACCACUUCAACCAGGUGGUUUCACAGCUGCUAGUGUACCCACAGAACCUGGCCUGGAUUGACCUGUCCUUCAAUGACCUGACUUCCAUCGAUCCUGUCCUAACAACUUUCUUCAACCUGAGUGUCAUCUACCUUCACGGCAACAGCAUCCAGCGCCUGGGCGAGGUGAACAAGCUGGCUGUCCUCCCUCGGCUCCGGAGCCUCACGCUCCAUGGAAACCCCAUGGAGGAGCAGAAGGGGUAUAGACUACCAGGGUGUGUGGAGAUGCCUCAUAGGCCUCCAUCACAGGCUAGGAAGGUGGGCUGUGAUCUGUGAACUGCUCCCCACCUUAAUCAGAUCAGAGUAGUUUCACUGCAUGUUUUACAUGUUGGGAUUCUGCUUAAGAUUUCAUUUGACAAAAAGAAUCUUCUACUUAAAA